UUGUAUUCAAAUUGUAUUCAGGUUUGAACAAAAUACUCAUCGACUGGGCGCCUGUGUUGAGGAUCGGAGCAAUUUUGAUCACAGCAUUACAAAUUGUGAUAAACUCUCCCCUAAACUAUUAGACCCCGUGCUGUGAUAUGAACUUUGAUUCGCAACUGAUUAGUAUGUGCUGAAACACUGACGUCGAUUUUGUUUUCGAUCAGGAAGAAUCCAAAUACAAAAUAUUGGCUGCAUCCAUAACUGGGACGAUCUUACCAAACAGUGUUUUCCCCGGCAACACAUUUCAGGAUGCAGGCAAUCCAGAUGCAACCAGCUGCCCAACCCCAUGUUGUGGUGGUCCAGGCUGGUGGGCAGGAUCAGAAGAAACCUCCUAACUACCUAUGCCUGGCAGUGUUCGUGAUGCUUUGCUGUGAUUUCCCCUUAGGACUGGUCGCUGUCAUUUGUGCCGCCGUUUCAGACUCGAAUUACAAUGAAGGGGAUAUUGAGGCUGCUUCUAACAAGGGGAAAAUAGCCCUCUGUCUAAGCAUCUUCUCCAUUAUCACCACUGUUGGAUUCAUAAUUUUCGUUGUUGUUUUCUGUGUCGUCGUCGCCAAAUCCUUCUUUGGGAUACCCGUUUGGUUUCUCUCUGGCUGACAUAGGAAUCGCAAAUUAUUAAUUAACUUAAUUAGACAGAUAUCCAUGGAAUUCGAAUAUAGAAAUAUAGUUGCAUAUCUGUCAAAUUGACAAUGGGUUAUUGACCUACAUUUUGAAAGCAUACUUCGGAUAAUAUUACAAAUCACACAAUCAAUGUGUGGGACAGGCUUAUGCUACUACAUUGUAUAUAAAGAUGGCAGAUAUGGUCGUGGAAUAAAUGCUUGUUGAUCUGUUAUACUGUAGGUGUUUAAAGGAAAGUGAGAUUGCAUUUACACUGUUCCACAACU